AUGAAGCAUGUCCUGUAAAUCAAGUAACUGUCUUUAAAUAAAUUUGAUUACAAUUGAGUUGAUAAAUUAAUACUUUGUAAAUAUAGCGUAAUGGACUGCUUAAAUCAAUCUUUGGUACAUUUUUAUUUAUUUUUAUAACUGUAUUAAAAAUUUUGUUCCAUUUUUUGCUCCCUGUAUAAGAAAGUAUGGCUGAUAUUCAACAACAGUGUAAAUUUAAAAGAUGUGUUUCUUAUCACAGGCAGUAGUCUUAGAGGGCAAAUACUGGAAGCGAAAACUAGCUGCGGUUACUGCGGAAUAUAAGAAAUGGCGUAUGUUCUACCGGAACAAAAUCCUUGGUUGGACAAACAAGGAUGGCACGGAAAUGAUGGAAUCGAUGGACGUGUUAGAUUGGGGCAGUGGAAUGGGAACAACGGGCAAUUUUGGAGCAGGUACAGGCAACACACAUGGAGGGACCAGUGGGACUCCAGGUGGAGAGAGUAUGAUGGUUGAUGAAGAUUACAUGGAGCUUAUGACUGAUACGUUAUUUUCAACAAUCAGUUCAAAUCAACCAAUAUACUUUCCCGAUCCCAGAGAAAUUGAAUUUUUAAAUUCUAAGUUGCCCCCUGUCCCCGAGGAGGACGACAUGUUUCGAAACAGUACCUUGAACGCAAACUAUCCUGAUCUCGACUUGAUGACGCCUAUGAAUCAGAUCAACGAGCUAAGCCAAGAAUCAGCAGUAAAGAAUGAGCAAACCGCACAACAGCCAACGUUGGCACAGGACGAACAAGGAGGUACUAUACAGAAUCUUCAGUACACCGCUAAAAUAUAUACUCAACCUCAGCCAGAGCCAACAAAUACAUUCAGGAAUGAUAUAACUCUAAAUGAGAACUAUAGCACCAUACAACAAAACUACGAGCCUAUUUCAACCAGCCAACCUGUUAGAGAAAAAAGUCGGUCAAGUAGAAUUUCUUCGAGGACUAGUCGAGUGAUUCAGCAACCUCAGCAGCAACGGAACACGUAUCAAAGAACAACGCAACAGUCGCAACAACAAAAUUCGGCAUAUCAACAAACUUCGCAGCAACCAUCUUACGCCAUGGAAAUUCAAUCUGUUCAGUUGGCACCAGUUCAAAAUCAAGUACAGAUGACAACGUUGAAUGAACAGCCUGUUCACGCGAAUCAAAUCGCGCCUAUGGCUACUGGCCACGUUCAAAAUCUGGUGACGGUGCAGCAAAAUUUUGGACAAACAAAUUCUACUUCAGUGUCGGCACAACACAGGAGUAUCAGGCCUCUGCCACCAGUCGCACCCAUCUCCACAAAACCGUACAAAGUCGUUCAACCGCAACAAUGUUACAAAUUCUCCACACUACCGCAAAGUUUUAAUGCGCAGCAAUGCAAAUUCAACGCUAACAAUUUCAAGACACACCCACCACAACAAGUCGUAUCGAUUUCUGCGGAGCAAUCGUCGCAAUCAUCGAUACUAUUGCAGUGCAGACCCUCCGGCUUAGAUCUCACUACGCCGACUGUACAGCCCACGAAAUUGUUGCCACAACCUGCUGCGUCAAAUUCGGAGAAAGAAGAAGUAUUUGCUGUGCCCAAGUAUCAGAUAAAAGCAAGGAAUAGAUCUCGAAGUAGCUCGUCGUUAACCGCACCAAGAAUGCACCCGCCACCAUUAGUGUCAGCGGCGAGCGAUCCCGCACUAAAUCUAAAUAACAAUGUUUUGCUCGCACAGUUACUGACGAAUAACACAUCUGGUGUACACACAAUGAAUAUGCCAGCUGAUAAUAUAGUGCCGACAGUGACCCAAACAACCACUACUAUGAAACACAUCUUACCUAUGCUUCCACCUUCAGCUUCGCCUACGCAGGUAACAACUGCUCACCAUAUUACCACGCCGGUCACUGUCCAAACGUCUACGGUGCAAGUGCAAUCACAACAACAGGCAAUGCAACAGACUACUUGCAGCCAACAAAUGUUAUUAAAUACAAAUACCCAAGCGCAUCAGCCGCAAAAUAGUCCCGGGUCACCAAAGGAUAGCUCUAAUGCGCACAGUCCUCAAGGGUUAAGCCUCAGUCCUUUACACAGUCCGAUGAGUAUAGGAAGCCCAUUGUCACCGAGUCGAAGUUACAUAAAAGGUGAAACUGAACGAGGACAGUAUAAGGAACAGAGAAGAGUCGGGCACAUUCACGCGGAACAAAAGCGUAGAUAUAAUAUUAAAAAUGGAUUUGAUAUGCUGCAUAGUUUGAUACCGCAGCUUAGCCAAAAUCCAAACACAAAGAUGAGCAAGGCUGCUAUGCUGCAAAAAGGAGCAGAUUAUAUCAGGCAGUUAAGGGCGGAGAGGAAUCAGUUGAAAGAGGAGAUGGAUAGUUUAAGACAUCAAAUCGAGUGCCUUAAUACGUCUAUUAGUAAUUGUCAAUCUAUGCUUCCUGCAACGGGUGCUCCAAUUUCUAGACACAGAACUAGCAAAAUGAAGGAAAUGUUCGACGAAUAUGUACGCACGCGUACACGGGAGAAUUGGAAAUUUUGGAUUUUCAGUGUAUUGCUCGAGCCUCUGAUGAUUUCUUUCAAUACCUCAGUAUCAACUGCGAGUAUUGAAGAUCUAUACAGAAGUACAAUAUUGUGGGUUGAGCAACAUUGCUCACUCGUUGAUCUCAGACCAGCUGUUCUGAACUCCCUAAGAUAUCUGUGUACUGCCACUGAUAUUCUAUCAGAUCCUGGUCGCCUGCCGGAAGAAGCACUCGCAGCAGUUAAUCGCACGGAACGGCGACGAUCAACUCAGUGACCAAUUAUAAUAUACGAAUAAAUCGUGAAGCGUGAUUUGCUUAUAUGUUUAAAAGAGCGAGCGAAAGAAAAGCAGUUACCGUAGCAGUAAGCCAAUUUAGGAAAAAAAUUCACGUGAAAAUUCUUAAGAUGACCCUUUUUUACAGUAGUAGACGUUCAGGUUUCCUUUUACAACGAUUACAGUUGGGAAUGGAAAGAACUUAAAGUGCAAUUUGUCCUUAUUCUUCACAAAAUUGUGAUCAUAAAAUUUAAUAACUAAUUAUUAAAAGUAUAUGAAGAUGUACAUGAAUUUACUUGCAAACAUUUGACAAAAUAUAUACUAUGAUAUAUAGACUGUUACAAAUUUGGAACAUAUUGAGAUUUGAAUAUCCUUUUCUUUUUUAUAAUGAUAGUCGCGAUUGUUCAUACGUUCGUAUAAAAUAUUAAAAAGAUAAAAAAGUACAUUCAUAUUUAUUAUACAUAUAUAAUUAUGUACGUCACGUUUAUGUUCAUUCAAAAUUGAGAGAAAUAUGAUAUAUAAUUUUACAUUUUCACGAAUUGCGAUAACAAAUUUUUAUGAUAAAUUCCUUUCUUUUUUUCCUUUUCAUUUACUCAUUAAAUUCAUUGUAAUAUUUGACUACAUUUUUUAUGUAAUAUUCAAAAAAAGGAAGGAAAAUUAUGUGGAGCAAACCAUUCCAUUAUAUUUUUACUAUGCUUGUUUUUAACUAAGUAUGAUAUUUAUGGCAAUGGUAAGAGAUGAAAAUUAGUAAUAAUAAUUUCUGAAAAUUAUUCUGUUUCUUUUUAGAUAACGUUUUUUAUUAUUUUUAAGAUAAUAUAUUUGUAAAAAAAAUGUUAUUAAUUCGAUUAUAUAUUAUAUUGUCGGCAUAUUUUUAUAAUAAUCAAAAUAUAAAUAACUUUUCGUUAAAAGAUCGUAGAAAUUCAGAAAUUCUUUUAUUAACGAAUAAAAAAUUAUUUACCAAAAUUUUGACGUUAAAUAAUUGGUUACAUUUUCUUUUAUAUUACGAAAAUAUAUGAGUGUUAAUAUAAUAUAUAAAAUAUACAAGUAUACCUACAUGAAAUUAGUGCCAUGAAAUUUAUGACAAGAGACUGGUGUAAGAAACAUUGUUGAAAACUGCAAUUUAAAAUUAAAUAUUUGGGAAUAUUUUCAAUUUUGAUCGUGCACAAAUAAUAUAGGUGUUGAUACUUGCAUGGUAAUAACUUUGAAAGGAUAAAAAGGAUUACAUUGCAGAUAAUCAAAUACAUAUGAAAUAAAAAAAUGGAUUGCUCACAAAUUAUGAGUUUAUUACAUACUAUUAGUGUUAUUAAAUAUGAAGUUUUUAAUAUGAAAUUUCAUGUGAUAAUGUACAAAUCAUUUAUAAAAGAAUUCAAAUAUUAGAGCUUAAGCUAUAAAAGACUUCUGCAUAUUGUAAUAUUGUUAGCUUUAAAUACCAAUUGUACAUAGCAGAGAGUUAAAAGCGAUGAAUAAUCUUUAAGAAUUUCCUAAGCUGUUUUAACAAUAUUGCAAAAAUAUAAAUUUUACAAAUGUUCAAUUAAUCUUUACAAUAUACAGUUGUCUUUUAUCUAACUUUACAUUGUAUAUGUAUAAAUGAUAAAUAAUAUAAACAAAUCAACAAAGGGAAAUUUUUUGUACAAUAUGUACCAUAUAAUCACAUACAAAUUCAUAUAUUGUUAUUCAGAUGAUAAUCUCCCUCAAAAAUUAAAUUUUACUAUUUCUUUUUCUCCUAUGAAUAAAACAAAAAAUUAUUGAUUCUUUAUCCAUUUUUUUUUUAUUUUUGUCAUUUUAUUAAAAAAAAAACAUUUUAUUGUCUAUGUUAUCUUAUUGGACAUCAAUAUGAGAUCCAAAGCUAAAUUUAAUAUCAAGAUCUUAACAAAUACAAUAUAUAUUGAAGGAUUAUUACUUAUGAUGAAAUUGAGAAUUAGUAACGUAAAAAAAUAUGCUUCUCAAUGAUGGUUGAUUAGUUGAAGAAGAUAUCAAAAUUUAUAUUAUUAAUGUCCAAGUUGAGCAUUUAUCGCAAAUGAGAUACAGAGAUAUCUUAUCAUUCUCAGAAAGUGGAAAAAAGCCAGGUGGUUCUUUACACUGAGACGAAUGAAUAUUCACACAGUUAUUAAUAUGAUAUCCUACUUCCUUGAUGCCGACACUGUUCAAUAUAAAAUCACAAGAUCUACAAGCUACUUUAUUUUCUUUUUCUAUUAAAUUCGACAUCUGACAUAUAGGACAAAUAACUUCAUCAGCUUGUCUAUCUGCAGUAAGAGCUAGCAUUUCAAUUUCUUCUUGCAUCAUUCUUUCAUAUUCUUGAACUAUCCAUUGUUCUUCAUUGACUAUUUCAUUUUCAAGUUCGAAUGCUGCUUCAGGAUCAAGUGAUUCAUUUAGAAAUGAAUUAUCUAUAAAAGUUGGAUCUAGAUCUGUAGUCACAAGAUUAUUGAAUUCUUCACGAACAAUUUCGGUUAAAGUCUCCUGUACUUCUUUCGAACAAAGUUCUAAACCAAAUCUACGUUUGUUAAAUAAUUGUCCUCGUUUCUCUCUCAUCUUAUCCAUUGUUGUUGGGCUUAGCCUUAUGUUUUCCAUAUCUUUUUUUUUUUGUUUGGUAAUCAAACACUUGUCAAAUUCAAGUUAUAUAAAGAUAAAUGAUACAAGGCAUUCAAAGUGACGUUCAAGUUUCAAACAGAAACACGAACGAGGUAUAUCAAACCUAAUAUAAAAUCACAAACGAGAUGAAUGACUAACUCGUCUGUGUCUGUGACUUAACCAAUUUCGAUCGUUUAUUGAUGUAGUUCCC